UCCGAAAUCAUCAGUUUAAUUAAAUGAUUUAAAGUGCAACAAGCAUAAAAGUAGAUAAUAAAAGAUGGAAGUCUUAACGAUGCCAAUUAAGUCAGAAAAUGACAAAAAGAAUUACAGAUUAAUAAAACUUGAGAAUGGAUUGAAAGCUUUGUUGAUCUCGAAAACUGAUGAUGAAGAAGGAAAGACAGUUGCUGCUGCAUCUUUGUGUGUCUAUGUUGGGUCCUAUGAGAAUCCUCCAAACGUCCUAGGACUUGCUCAUUUCUUCGAACACAUGAUCUUCUUGGAUUAUGGAAAUUAUGAAAAUAAUAUCAAGGAAUAUGUCGAAGGUCAUAAUGGAUAUUGUAAUGCAAUGACUGGAAAUGAUUUUACUAAUUAUGAACUGAAGAUUAAUGACAAACAUUUUCCGGAAGCUUUGAAAAGAUUCUCUGAGCUCAUCACUUCGCCAAAGUUAAAUAAAAAUCUCAUGCAAAGUGAACGUAUCAACGUUGAUUCUGAGUACCGUAUUAGCAAGCAAAACCCAAUGACAAGACGUUCUCAUCUUCAUAGAUUAUAUUUAAAUCAAGAACAUCCAGCAAGUAGGUUUCCAGUUGGGAAUCUCCAAACUCUUAAGGAGAAUAUAUCCGAUGAUGAUUUACAUCACGAGCUUGUUAAGUUCAAUAAUAACUACGUGGCUAAUAAAAUGACAUUGUGUGUUCAAUCAAAUCGACCGAUGGAUGAGAUACAAAAUCUAGUUGUUGAUAAUUUCUCAAAAAUCAAGAAAAAUGACGGAAUCAAGUUUCAGUACGAAGAACCAGUAGAUUUUGAUGUGCUAAUUAAGCCUGAAUUUUAUUCGAAAGUUCUAUACUUGAAGGAUACAAAUGAGAGUACAAUGGCAUUAACUUGGGUCCUUCCACCAAUUCAUAAGAAUUACAAAAGCAAGCCAAUUGAUAUUCUAGAAAGAAUUUUUUAUAAUAAUGAUGAAGGCGGACUGGUUCAAUAUUUAAAAGAGAAAAAUUACAUUACGGAUAUGUCACUUACUGACCGCACGUGGUUUGCAUCUGCUCAGUUCAUAUUUUUGCGAUUAGAGCUCGAACUUACUGAUUUAGGUUUCGAACAUAUUAACGACAUUUUAUCAGCAAUUUAUUCUUAUUUAUUGAUGUUGAAAAAUACACCACGUGCUGAAUACUCGAGGCUAUUCUACGAUGUCCAAGAAGACAUUAAUCUACGAUUUAAAUUCCAGCGUGAAAGCCAGCCUUUAAGUAAUGUUGAAAUUGCUAGAGAAAUGAGGUUUUUUAAUGAUGAAGACAUGGUCCGAGGAAAGUAUGUAUUGUUAAAGUAUGAUGAAGAUGCUUUAAUAGACCUGAUUGAUAGAUUGAACACUGGAAAGUUCAACAUAACAUUUUUGACUAAGAAACGGGAUGGCUUCCCAUUAAAAGAGGAUAUUUAUGAUCUCGAGUAUGAUGAAAUCGACAUGCCUGUACAAUACACAACUCUCUGGAAUGAAAGGAAGGAAAAUCCAAAAUUCUUUAUAGAACAGCCAAAUCCGUACAAAAUUCAAAAUUUCGACAUAUACACCGAUGACGAAGAAUUGGAUCACCCCGAAAAAAUUUUCAAAAAUGAAAUGAUUGAAAUUUGGCACAUGCUUGAUAGAAAAUUUAAACAACCUUUUGCAAACAUUGAAAUGGUGUUGAUUGGGAAGGAUUAUGGUAAAAGUUCUGAAACGUAUACAUACAUGAGGCUCCUUUCGAAAAUUAUUUCUGAUAUAUUUGAUAAGGAAUUCUCUAAAUCUCACAAAGUUGGGUAUUCAAAUAGCUUCUAUGUAAGCUAUGAUAGUAUGCAGUUCUCAUUUGGUGGUUAUAAUGAUAAAAUGUUAAAGAUUGUUGAUGCAACUUUUGAAGAAUUUAAGAAAAUCGUUGAUAAUGUGGAUGAAUCAAGGUUCAUUAAGAAAAUUGAUGAGUAUAAGAAGAGCUUAAUGGAUUCUUUGUAUGAUUCUAGAGCUAUUGGCUCAAAUGAAUUGAGUAAGAUUCUUUCAAACAGUUAUUUUACAAAUUUUGAUGUCCUUAAAAUUUUGGACAACAUUUCAUUCGAUAAAUUUAACAAUUCUAUCAAAGAUACUCUAAAGCAGUUGAAAGUUGUAACUUUAGUUCAAGGAAAUAUGAAGAAAGAAGAUGCUUUAAAAAUUGCUGAAUUAUUCCAAAAAUAUUUCGAUUGCGAGAAAUUAGAUGAAGCCAAUCAUUUUAGAGCAAGAGGAUUUCAAGUUCCUUUGGGAUCACAUACACUAAGAAUGAAGUCGACACAUCCAACUGAUGAUUUGUCUAUUAUUAUGAACUAUUAUCAAGCUGGUCCUUAUACAAUUCAUACACAAAAUUUAGCCUCAAUGCUAAGCUCAUUUUUAGAUCCAAAGGCAUUCGAUUUCCUAAGAACUAAGCUUCAAUUGUCCUACAAUGUGAGUUUCUCGAUGUCCAAGCUUGAUAAAGUUAUUGGAUUUAAGCUAGCUGUACGAUCAAAUGAAGACGUCAAUAAUUAUAUCAAGAUUUAUGAGAAAAUGGAAGAAUUUAUUAAUGUCUUAUGCAAGCAGUAUGUGGCAGACAUGACAGGUGAAGAAUUUGAAGCUAACAAAAAAGGAAGAAUCAGUGGAUUAUCGCAACCAAAUUUAACUUUGAGCACUGAGAUUACUCUAAAUCUUAGAGAAAUAACAGAGGAAGCAUACAACUUUAAUAGAACUAAAGAAGCCAUUGAGGAUGCUGAAAGAAUAACCAAGCAUGAUUUACAGAACUAUUUCAAAUCUGUAUUCGAUUCACAAAAUAUAAGAAAAAUCAUGAUUCAAGUUAUUGGAAAAACUAAGUUUGAAAUUUUUAAUGAUGUUCCAGAUAACAAUCCAAAAAGAAAAAUUUUGAAUGAAAAGACGGAAAUAGAUGAGAACAUAAUAGCUGACAUAAAUGAGUUCAAGAAAAUGAUGUUCCUAUAUCCUGUUUGUUUUAACUAAUGAUUACGAAAUAUGGUGAAAUCGAUAAGCGCUUCAAUUAUGGAGGUUUUAAAUCAAUUAGCA